CGGCCGCGGCCCCUCUCGCGCGCCAUGGCCCGGCACCGCAGCGUCCGCGGCUACGACUACGGCGAAGAUUUUGAAGACGAUGAUCUCUAUGGCCAAUCUGUAGAGGAUGAUUAUUGUAUUUCGCCCUCAACAGCUGCUCAGUUUAUUUAUUCCCGACGUGACAACCCUUCAGAAGAAUACGAUUAUGAAGGUUUGAAAGAGUCUUCCAAUUUCCAUUUGAGUCAUCAAUUAAGUGAAAUUGACCAAGCCCGUCUUUAUUCUUGCCUUGAUCACAUGAGAGAGAUACUUGGAGAUGCUGUGCCAGAUGACACAUUGAUUGAAGCAAUUCUGAAGAACAAGUUUGAUGUACAGAAGGCCUUGUCAGUGGUUCUAGAAAAAGAUAAAGUACAACAUUUGAAGGUCAAGAAUGAAGAAGCAGUCUCUACAGAAGAGAUAGCAAAAGGAAAAUCCGUAGGUUGCCAGUUAUCUCGAAAUGAACCUGAAAUUGUGCCAAAAGUUGCUAAAAUGACUGUUUCUGGAAAGAAGCCAACUAUGGGAUUUGAAGUACCUGGACUGACAACUGAAGAAAAUGGUCAUCGUUUUCAUGCACCUCAAAAAGGACAUCAUGGUGAAGAUGCCAGCAUCACUUCUGAUGCUCUUGGGACUAAAUCAGCUCUUCCAUCCCACACCGUUCAAACAUCAGAAGAGCAAAGUCCAACACCAGCAUCACUGAAAAAGUCUGGCAAACUGAGGCAACAGAUAGAUAUCAAAGCUGAACUGGAGAAGCGGCAAGGAGGGAAGCAGCUCCUCAACUUGGUGGUCAUUGGUCAUGUUGAUGCCGGGAAAAGUACUUUGAUGGGCCAUAUGCUUUUUCUGCUGGGUAAUGUAAACAAAAGAACUAUGCAUAAGUACGAGCAAGAGUCUAAGAAGGCUGGCAAGGCUUCGUUCGCAUAUGCGUGGGUCUUGGAUGAGACUGGCGAAGAAAGGGAAAGGGGAGUAACAAUGGAUGUUGGUAUGACAAAGUUUGAGACUACAAGCAAAGUCAUUACAUUAAUGGAUGCUCCUGGCCAUAAGGAUUUCAUUCCAAAUAUGAUUACAGGAGCAGCUCAGGCAGAUGUAGCUGUUUUAGUUGUGGAUGCCAGUAGGGGAGAAUUCGAAGCUGGAUUUGAAACUGGAGGACAAACACGAGAACAUGGCCUCUUGGUUCGUUCUCUUGGAGUCACACAACUUGCAGUUGCUGUGAAUAAAAUGGAUCAGGUUAAUUGGCAGCAAGAAAGAUUUCAAGAGAUUACUGGAAAACUUGGACACUUCCUUAAGCAAGCAGGAUUUAAGGAAAGUGAUGUAGCUUUUAUUCCUACAAGUGGUCUCAGUGGUGAAAAUCUAGUAACAAGAUCUCAAUCAAGUGAGCUCACAAAAUGGUAUAAAGGACUAUGUUUAUUAGAGCAAAUUGAUUCCUUCAAGUCUCCCCAAAGAUCUGUUGAUAAGCCUUUUCGUUUAUGUGUAUCUGAUGUUUUCAAAGAUCAAGGAUCUGGAUUUUGUGUAACUGGUAAAAUUGAAGCUGGUUAUAUCCAAACUGGUGACCGACUACUAGCAAUGCCUCCUAAUGAAACUUGUACUGCAAAAGGAAUUACUCUGCACGACGAACCUGUUGAUUGGGCGGCAGCAGGGGAUCAUGUUAAUCUUACAUUAGUUGGAAUGGAUAUCAUCAAAAUCAAUGUUGGCUGCAUAUUUUGUGGCCCCAAAGAACCCAUUAAAGCUUGCACACGUUUCCGAGCCCGUAUUCUCAUCUUUAAUAUUGAAAUUCCUGUCACUAAAGGAUUUCCUGUCCUGUUACACUACCAGACUGUCAGUGAACCUGCUGUUAUUAAACGAUUGAUUAGUGUCUUAAGUAAAAGCACAGGUGAAGUUACAAAGAAAAAGCCCAAAUUACUGACUAAAGGCCAGAACGCAAUCAUAGAGCUACAGACACAAAGGCCAGUUGCCCUUGAGCUCUACAAAGAUUUUAAAGAGCUGGGAAGGUUUAUGCUGCGUUACGGUGGUUCCACGAUAGCUGCUGGUGUUGUCACAGAGAUAAAAGAAUGAUGGGUCAGAAUUUCUGCUCUUUCCAAAGUCAGUGAAAUUGCUAACCUCUGUUUUUAAAGAAUCCAGUUAUUUAGUAAAAGGAACAAUGUGGAAUUGGGUUUGUUUUUUUAUAAAAUGAUACAGAAGACUGUCGCUGUCAACAGUAUCACAGAAGUAUUAAUAAUGACUCCUGCAAAAAAUUUCAAGUUGCCACUGACAGAGAAAAGCUAUGGCUGCACUUUGAUUUUAAAACUCAACUUUCUUUUUGAAAUAUAGGUAAAGGGAUUUACUCUGAUUUGUGUACCAGAAGUCAAGAAUCAUCAUGAAGUGAACUCUGUUUCAAGCCAAAUCACAAAAUAUUGACAGUUUUGAUUUUCAAAAUAGAGCAUACAUUUUAAGGAAAAGUAAAUUGGUUUGUUGAGGUAGCUAAUAUUUAAACAAUAUUUUAUUUUUAAUUAACUCUAAUAUUUGCUGAAUAAAGAUAUUUUAUGUUGAGCAUAAGAA